CUUAUAAAAGCAGCUGGCGAGUUCUAGGCUCAGCUCAGUCUGCAUUGAAGUGCUUUUUCACAAACAUCAUGGGAUAUUUGGGUCUCUUGGUUAUUUUGGCUUUGGGCCUUUGUUCCACUGUUCAGUCUUCUUUGGUGAAGUGCUCAUGUGAUCCUGGACCCAAGGGUGAGCGAGGACCUCCUGGUCCACCUGGGCCGCCAAGUAAUUCGAAUGGGCUAGGUGGCAGUGGAUCUGGCUACUGGGGCUAUCCGCCCACGGGUCCUUAUCCUCCGAAUCUGCCCAUUAUUCCUGGACCUAGAGGCUUGCCAGGGCCACCGGGUCCUCCUGGAUAUUGCUUCCCCUGCCCGGCGGCUCCACCUCUGAGGUCAUUCCCGCCACCUGGAGUGCCUGUGCCACCGUUUAUUUCCACCCAAGCUGGUGGUGGUUUUGGUGGAGCUUCGGCGCUGACCACUGCAGUGGGCAACAUUAUAGUCAUUCCCGGAGGAGCAGGAACGGGGCUAACUGGUCGCGCUCAGUUCUUCCACAUUUCACCCGAUGGCCAAGUCAUGCAGAUCGAAAGACCGCAGAAUCUGCCUACAGAACUAUUUGAUUCUCCUGCUGCUGCGAUUCCACCACCUAAGCCCACUUCCGCAUCUCUGUCGGGGAUUACACCACCGGCUGUGCAAGUGGCAGCCACCCAACCAACGCCCGGAGAACUGGGAUCCCCGCCGACUACAUUACUGCCGGAAAAUAUAGAAGAAACUGUUUUUGCCGUGGGCAAUCGAAAGGACUUUCUGCGAGGAAGCUCCGAUGCCAGCGAUUGGCGGAGGAUUCUCCUCCUGGGAGAGAGAUCCCACGAUGGCCUACUGACUCCUAAAGGUCAUCCCAACCAGUUGGAGAACAGCAUGGAGAACUUUCAGAGGGCUCUGGUUGAGCUGAAGGAGAAGUAUGCGACGCUCAUCCAACCACGUAAUACUAAUCAAUAUGCAGUCAUCAUUUGAGGAGCAAAGUCAAGAUUGGAGUUAAUUGAAUAUAUAAAUAAAAACUGCACUGAUAAUUUCUAAAAAUAAUCCAAUGGUUUAACGUUCUAACUUGAAAAUUUUGAUUGAUUAAAAGUAUUUGCCAUCUAUUUUGGCGUUCAAAGAUCGA